CGACCACGUUCAGGGCGGCAUUCUUUGGGUGGGACAGAUUUUGAUCGAUGGAGGGAGGAAAAUGGAAGCUGCAGGAGCUGGAGUCCUCGCUGGCGGCUGGCUCGGCCACAGAAGCAACAGUGUCGGCGCUGCAGUCCUUCUUGGGUCUCGAGCGGCCAAAUUCCGACGGAGCAAAUGGCAAGAAGCCCGUCGACCGACCUAAUGAUAAAUCACGGGGCACGGCAGAUUCGCGAAAACCGAAACCCGUGGCAUCAAAAACGAAGAAGAAUGUGAGCCUGUUCGUGCGAGAAGACCGGCUUCCCACCCUCUCGGUCCAGGAGAAGCACCGCUUGGCGACUCACGCGGCCAAUGCGAGUUUGAAGGUCUUAAGUGGCCCAUGCAAGGCCGCAGAAAAGACAGCUUCCGGCCACUGUCAAGAUUCAGACUCUGACUCAACCACACCACCUCGGAAGGCGGGAGAUCUAAACGUAUUGCAAUCUCGAUCCAGCAACACUGUACCGGACCAUCCGUCACCCGAGAAGACAAAGGCCAUCCGCGGAGCAAAAUCAACCGCAGAGACUAUCAUUCUCAGCAAUGCACCUAUACGUGCUGUUCAUGUUGCAGAAUGCGCCGAUGUGGCUUUCGCCUUUCUCCGUUCUCUCAACUACAAGGAGUGCGGCAUUCGAGAGCCGCCCAAGUGGCAGCUCGAGCAAGGGAUGCUCUGCCUGGCCGGCCUGGCCAUUACUCAUGGCUUCCGCGGUAUCGCCGUCAAGCAACUUCGCCGUGUCAAAAGCAGUUUGGAACACCGCUGCCAUCCUGUUCAAGGGCCGAAGCCCGUCAACCGAUCUUCUCCAUCGAAUGAGACUUUCGGUUCAAUGCUCUGUCUCAGCAACGCUCUGGUCAUGGAUCAAGACGCUCUUCGCGUGGCAAUCUCCUUCCAUUAUACCGUGCUACGGACCCUCUCUCUCCCAUGCAAGGCCGCUGUCUACGAUGAAGUUCUCGGACAUGACCUAGUCGGAGUUCGGAACUCCCCGGCCGACGUGAUCAUGCAACAAUACAAGUGUACUGGAGACAAUGACAAAGCUACCAAGCACCUCGAUGCACUCUCGAGGACGAUUCUGGCCUUUUGCCCUCCGAUUGUAGCGUCCGCCGAUGCUGCCGCGCUGAACACCGAGGAACAGCCGUCUCCAAAGGCGGCAUUCGAAUUCCAAGUACUUUCCCUGCGAAUCCGGAAACUGUCGUGGAACCUGGCAAAUCAUCGGCAGGAUCCGUCAAAAGACCUUCUUGAUCCAUUCUACAGAUGUGCAUUGACCUUUAUCCGACGAGGUCUGACUCUGGACGCAGAUACAGUUCAUCAAACACUCGAGCGCUGCUUCGAGUCUCUCGGACCAUGCAAACAGACUGAGCCGACACCGUCGCUUUUCCAAAUCUAUCAGCUUAUGUGCGUGCAGGCCGAAGAGGCAGGGAUGUAUGAUGCAGCAUUGAAAUGGGCUGAGUGCAUGGAAGAAGACUGUUCGACAUUGAAGAUCAACGACGCGAGGCAAGUCAUGUGCGUUGUGAAAAGGACGACGCUCAUGACAAAGAUAUCAACAUCGGCGGCCGUUUUUGAUCUCCUCCUGCCAAUGCUGCAGAGUACGCUCAGCGGUGCCCGCUCGGAUCAUGGAGAUCUGCUCAAGGCUCUUGCGCAGCUUACCAGACGGGUUAGAGUCGCUCCCGCCCAUUCUCAAUCUGCCUCUGCAAGACGGCUGUCUCAUCUCGCUGCGAUAUACGCCUCCGGCUGUGCACAGCAUUACCCCAGCAGCCACGUGGAGCACAUUCGAAUUAUUCUGGAAGAUGCCCUUGUCAUCGCUCAGUCCACCGAGGACAUUAUUGAGUGGGCCAGUGGCCCUGCCGUGCAAACGUUUGUCGAUAGCGGGUCCGCUCGAGAUGUUGCGAGGGCAGCAGCGUCGCAAUGCCUUGGUGAUGCUUGGAAGAUAUCCACCUCGGUGCUCUCAUUAUCCCGCAUCCUCCACGCGUUGACCAUCAAGACGGCCCGAGAGCCCAAUGCCAAGAUCCCGCCAUUCUUCGACGAUGAGAGUCUGCAGGCAUGCGAGAGAGGGAUCUUGCUGGAAUGGCAACUCAAGUGCAUGGUUGAAUUGUCAGGCAAACUGAAGUACAGCAGUGCCCUGCAGAAACUACUCCCUCAGCUCUUGCAAGCAUUGGCGAAGAUCUACACUCCUUCGGAGUUCCCUUUACGAAGGGCCAGGGUGGCGAUUGUUGCAUGGCGAUUGUUGGAGGGCCACCCAGAUCUCUUGCCUUCUCAGGAUCUCAACGUAUGGCUACAUCCGGCCCUUGACCAGAUCGAGAGUCUGGGAGCGGACGUCGGCCUGAAGGGCUACUUCGGCGAUCUUCAGGCGAAUCUCGCUGUCGCACGUUUGUUCGAAGGUGGACGCCCGCAAGCCAAAGACCUGCAGUCUGCUCUGACUGUUUGGCAGCGGAUUGUUGAUAACAGUACCUCCAGCAGCGACCUCCGCGGCCAUGUGGAUGACUUGCGCGCUCUUCUGCAGCAACUCGACUCGCUUGUGGCGUACUUCAGGAUGACUGGGAAAGAUGCGGGUGCGUUGGCUGCACAACGAAUACUUGUCAAACUAACGCGUCUGCACGAUGAUCGCGACUUUUCCCCAUGUGAUGCUCGGACUGCUCUGUCUCGGCUGUAUAUUCAGCUGGGCGAGUCCGAAACGGCAUCGGCCCAUCUGGACGAGGCACGGAAUGCUUUGGAAGUCGGCGAGGUGUCACCUCUGGCCAAGCUGAACUAUCAGCUUGCUCGAGCCGAGUGUUUCUUAGCAACUGACAAUCUCGACGAUUGUCGCGCAGCUUUGGCUGAAGCUGAGCGGCUGCUACCGCAACAUCAUUUGGGAGGCGUGACGGGUAUUGGCGGACGUCGACAGGCAUUACUCAGCUGUCAAGCGAAACUCGUGCAUUCCAAGCUAUCGUUGAGGAGCGCAUUUCCUCACCAGGCUCUCGCCGCUGCGAGUCAAUCGGUCAGAGGUCUCAAAGCCUUGUGGUCACAUCUUGAGGGAGCUUGGCAAGAUAAGAGCGAGUCAAGCACAGUCGAGACGGCCAGAUCUGAACUCGACGAAGUCACAAGAAAGGUCAGUAAGCUUGACUUGGGAAGAGCGAGAGACUCUCCGUCAAGCGAAACAAAUGAAAGACUUGGAAGAGGAGCACCGUUUUGGCCAGUGAUGCCGUUACUCAUCGAGGCUUUGCUGCACCUGUCCGACGUGUACGCCCACCAUGGAAUCUUCCACGAAUCAGACUAUCACUCGCAGAGGGCAAUGCAGAUUGCAGAGUCCGUUGGAUCAACAGCCUGGCUCUCCCGCAUUCGAAGCUGCAGGAGUCAACUGUUGCUCUCGGCCGGCCGCCUCGAAGACGCCGAACUUUGUCUUGCCCAAAACGAUACCUGCUCUAUUGAAGAACUGUCGCUGGCUUCCGUUGAAAGACAGUGUGCACGGGCGGCAGUGUAUGAGAAAUCUGGCUCUCUGGAGGAUGCGCUUGCUACUUACGAGAAAGCGGAAAGCUACAUCCGUCAGAUGUUUCAGAGAGGCUUUGCUCCAACAAUGGAGAGUCUCGCGGAGGAUACCGUAUCCCGAGAAGAUUCAGUUGGAGUGGAGCUGCUGUGUGAGACCGCGAAGGGCGAAUUUUGCGGCGACCAGAAGCGUCCAGCAUCAAAAGUACGCGCAGCGCCUGUGCCCAAGACCGGACGGAAACGAGGACCAAUACCAGCUUCGAAGCCAAUGUCAAAGUCACACGCUGACGGCGCCAAUACUCGUCCUUCCUAUUCGAUGGAGAAACUGCAAAGAACGGUCUUGUUGCGAAAAACACUCGUGCAACUUCGUCUUGGAAACACUCUUGACCCGACCAAGGGUGAUGUCGACGUGUCAGCUUCACGGUCUACCAUGGAUCUGCAGCUCUUGCGCAAUGCGCAGUUCCAGAUCGCUAUGUCACAAGCAUUGAAAUCGCUCGAGAUGGACGUCACGCUGAACGUGCUUUUGGACUCGACGCUCAUCAUCCCGGGCCUACGGCAGGUCGUGGCUGAACAGCCCCAACCCACCAAAUCGCAGCGGAGGCUUCCAGCAUCAGCUAAAGCGUCAAAUCCGACAAAGAAGCCGGCUAGAAAGGCAAUCACGAAAACAACGACUGUCGCAGACAACUUCCUAGACCUGAUCAAGACUGCGAGAGGUUCGCUGCUCUUAGGGUAUGACAACAAUCACAAGCUAUGCGGGACCAGUGCCACUCAUACCGAGAGUGCGAUGCUGUUGUCUGCCGGCUUUUACAUGUCUGCAGCCUCAGGAGCUACUGCCAGUCAACUCGACUCGGCGGUCGAGUGCUUCGCUCUUGACUUUCCACGGGUGAAGGCUUUACAGUAUGAGCAGCAGGCUGUGGCGUUGAGCGGAUCGCGCUCAGAGUCACCGAGCUCGUCGGUAUCGCCGCACCUUAGCGAUUACUCCGGCAUUCCCACAUCCACGACCGCCGCUGAGUUCCAACGAGACUUCAUCGACAUCCUGCCAAAGUCGUGGACAGCGGUGUCAUUGUGCUUGAGCGCAGAUUGCCGAGAGCUAUAUAUUGCUCGAUACGAUAGCGGACAGACGCCACUCAUCCUGAGACUCCCACUCCUGCGACACAGCCCGAGCGGCCUGGAUGACGAAGAAGUCUUCGAUUUUCACUAUGCAAAAUCCGACCUGCAGGACAUCAUCGAUAUGUCCAACUACAGCUGUCACAAUCCGCAAGGGACGAAUAGGCACACGUGGUGGAGCGCGCGGGAGGAGUUGGACAGACGUCUUCACGACCUACUCAUCAACAUAGAAGACAUUUGGCUCCGAGGCUUCAAGGGCAUCUUCGCUCCUUCUACGACCCGUCAGGAUUCAAUGAGAGACUUCCGGAAGUCGUUCGAAGAAAUUCUGGGUCGCUAUCUGCCAUCCCGGAAAGGCACUCGGCGCCAAACAGAGGCCCUGUCGGUAGACGACAAGAUUCUGGAACUUUUCGUCGGGCUUGGUGAUGAUCACGAUGGAGAAAUCGAUCUGGACGAGUCGCUAGCGGACCUAUUGGAGUUUGUCGUCGAUAUGCUGCAAUUUGGUGGUGAGCGUAAUGCUUGCGACGAAAUCGACUUUGAUGGGAUGACCGUGGAUAUGUUCGAUGCGCUACGCGCCUACCAUGAGGAUAUCCGACAAUCGCACAACGAUCAACCCCAUCAGCACCUCAUCCUUGUGCUCGAUCGACGACUGCAAGCAUUCCCUUGGGAAAGUCUUCCCUGCUUGGAGAAAGCGAGCGUGAGCAGAGUCGGAAGCAUGCUAUCGAUCCGCGAGCGUAUCUUGGCGCUUCGAGCAGCACAGAACGAGCCCUCCGGGAAGCACGUCGACCGCAUUGUCGCAGAUGCCACGUCAGGCACGUACAUUCUGAAUCCUUCAUCCAAUCUGCCAAAUACGCAAGCCGCAUUGGAGCCCGUCUUAUCCGGCCUCAAGCAACAACACUCGAGCAACUGGCAAGCCAUCGUCAAUGAAGGCCCCGACGAAGAUCGCUUCGCCACCGCCAUCGCCAAGUCCUCCAUCCUAAUGUACUUUGGACACGGUGCAGGCUCGAGUUUCAUCCGUCCGAGCACGAUUCAGCGCCUAAGCACUUGCUGCGAUGUCGCGUGGCUGAUGGGUUGCUCAUCCGGGACUGUACACGAACACGGCGAUUUCGAACCGAGUGCUGUUCCUCUGGACUAUCUGCUCGCCGGAACGGGGCGGCAGUCUGAUACGGGCACCACCAACCUAUGUAAAGCAGUCGUGGCGAACUUGUGGGAUGUGACGGAUAAAGACAUCGAUCGGUUCUCGCUCCGUCUUGGUGAGGAGUGGGGCCUGUGGCCGGCUUCUGAACAGGCCAGGGUGCCGAUCAAAUCGCCGAAGAAGAGAAACACUGCUGCCGUCCCGUCCACCCCUCAGCGAGCGCCAAAGACUCCUAAGACGCCGAGGGUGGCCAAGACUCCCGCGCCGUUCAAGACGCCAGCAAGACGCGGCGCCGGAUCGCUAGAGGGAGUCCAAGGAAAGCGAAGUCUGGUGGAAGCGGUCUCUCGUAGUAGAGAAGCUUGCUACCUGCGAUAUCUCAACGGUGCUGCACCGGUUGUGUAUGGAGUGCCAGUGUAUCUCGGCGACUGAUAGAGCUCGUCUCCGUCUCCAUCAAUGCAAUGC